AUGCCACCACCUAUAAAAUAUAUUAAUGAAGAACCAAAUAUAGAAAAUACAAUAUUAUAUCAAACAUAUCAAUCUUCAAGUCCUGAAAGAUUUUCAGUUGAUAAUGAUAAAUUUAUAAUGUAUGAAGGAGGUUCAUAUUCUUUGACUUUUAAAAAUUCACAACAACAUUUACCAAAACUAAAUUCAAAUCAAGUUUCAAUAUAUGUACUAUCUUCAUGUUUUAUUAUAUGGUCAAAUGAUGAUAAUAUAGGUAUAGAAAUACCGUAUCAAUUAAUUUAUUUACACGCUUUAAAUAAAAAUUCAUUAUAUUUACAAGUACAAAAUAUAAGUCUACUACCCGAUGAUAUUCUAGAAAUUCAAUUAUCUCCGAGGGAGUCAAGUCUGAAUAAUGAACUAUUUCAUAAAGUAAAUGGCAGUCCUGAGUCUAUUUAUCAAGCAAUGUCAAAAUGUUCAGCAAUGCAUUAUGAUUCAGAAAAUGAAGAACAAAAUCAUAUAGAUGAAGAAACAGCUGAUGGUGAAUUACCAACUUUAGAAAUUCCUGAACAUUGGUUACAAGAAGUUCAUUUUAAAAAUGAAGGUAACGCUGAUGAUUUGGAUGAAGAUAUUGAACAAAAUGAAAAUAAUAAUGAUGAAAUUAUAGCUGGAAUGAAUGUUGAUAUUGGUUAUUCACAAAUUGCAGGUAAUAAAAGAAAUGAUAAUGAAUAUGAUAUAGUUCAUAAUAAAAAGAAUAAAUUGUAUUAA